ACUCGCUGGACAACAGACUGUGGAGUCUCAUUUAUGCACCGCUUUCCUAGACCUGCUUGUCUGUCGUUGCUUAUAAACAAGCACCUGCACAUGAUCGUGAGUCCGGUUUCCUGGUGUCCCUUGGAAAAUGACAAAUCCAAAACUCCAGCUUCAAAUCAAGCUUAAACAAAGCUUCAAAUCUCAACUCCAGCUUUGUAAUCUUGAGCAAGACUAAUGACUGUGUCUGCACUUUUAAGGAAAGGAGUACCAGCGUGGGAACCGAUUCUGGAUCAGUGUCUACGAGUAACAGUCACCUCCCUGGGUAGGAACUCUUCAGCGAGGUAGAAGGAACCGGGGGUUUAUUUAGCGGACGGAGUGUAGGAGCGGGAUGGCGGCCAUGGAAACGUGGAGACGCCGAAUUCAUGAAAGUGGAUCGAAACAUCAUCGUGUUGAGGAUUCAGGUCAAGCUCGUUUUUGUUUCAGGUUGUUGUGUUAGAAUCAUAUCACGGUCUGUGUUUAACCGUGUUUACAAUCCGCGUUACUGUUUGUGGAAUCUUCAUCGUUGUACAUCAAUCAAAAGCUUAUAUGCUGAACUUCCUGUUUUACUUUGUCAAUGAAGUAUUGCCAUGGCUUUUUAUGAGGUUUAUGCUCAUCCGGCUUUACUAAGAUACAGAACGACGGUUUGCACCAAGGCGACGCUGUUUGUUGUCGCCGUACUGUGUGUGACGUACACAGCGCCCCUGCUGGUGGCCUACAGGAGCCACGGUUUCUGGCUCAAACGGAGCUCGUAUGAAGAGCAGCCCAGAGUUCGGUUCCAGUACCAGCUUUUGCUCAUUGCAGCCACCAGCACCAACGGGGACUAUGUGGCAUGGAGCACAUUCUCCAAUUUCAACAGCCUUCAGGGGAACAACCUACGAAUCCCCUCCGUCUCGGCACGAGAGGAAGACCAGAACCAAGAUGGCAAGCUGGACAGGCUGAACCUGCAGCUGGAACUGCCACUGAGGCCUGAGGAGCAGAUCUACAGUGUCCAGCUGCUGGUCACUUUCUCCUACCAGCUGUUUAGGAUGUCCACUGUAGUGAUGCAGAGCCUGUUGCUACUCCAGUACUCCUCCUCCGUUCCUGGGUCACAGCUCUUCAUCAGCGGAGACCUGCGCUUACACCAGCGAGAGCCACUCCUCCACCGGGGCUUGGACACUCGCUACAACGUAUCUCUCAUUAAUGCGAACAGCCCUUUCUCCAGCUCCUAUGACUUGGCUCAAAUCAUUGAGAUGUACCAGGAGAGAAACUUGACCACAGUUCUCUCCAGUCCAAACCCUGUGUGGACCAUUGGUCGAGCUGCUGCUGCUCCAUUCCAGCUCAAGGCUGUGAUCCGCUACCCUGUGGAGGUCAUCAGCUACCAGCCGGGCUUCUGGGAGAUGGUGAAGUUUGCUUGGGUGCAGUAUGUCAGUGUACUGCUCAUCUUCCUCUGGGUUUUCCAGCGGGUCCAGACCUUCGUCUUUCAGAAUCAGGUUCUGCCCACGGUGUCAGUUCCCCUCCUGAAGCAGCACUGUGCCUGACCCCUCUGGGCUGUCCCCUGGAAUUCUGGGAUAUCUGACUCCUCGGGGCUGCCUGUAGCAUACUCUGUUCAUAUGUGCAUACGUACGUGAGAGUUUGUCUCCCUGUCAUGGAACGUCUGAGGUCCAUAGAGCUCCCAACUAGUCACCUCCUUGACACAUGCUGCAAGUGGCCUGGUUCAGUAAAAAUAGCUAAAAAGCAUUCAGCUAAAUGUCUGUGUGUGUGUGUGUGUGUGUGUGUGUGUGUGUGUGUGUCAAUUUAAUUGUACAUACACAUAUGUAGAGAUUUAUGGCUGAGAAACCUAAUGUUGCCAGUUUUUAGUACAUUUGCUGAAAUGAAUACAUCUAUUCAACUUAAGAGUUUUAAAAUGCUUUAUACUUCUAAAUAUUUACAUAAUAUCUGAAUUUGUACCUCAGUCAGAGGAUGUUGAUUUUGCUUAAGUUCCCAAUCUUAAUUGUCAAACUGAAUUUUUAAAAAUGUAAUUUUCUAACUUAGAAUGAUCAAGUGGACACUGUUGCACAGAUAUGGUUCUGUCUUUAUAAGCAUAAUUCUAGUAAGCAUAUAUGAUUGUUUUUGUGUGUAGAACAGCUGUUCUUUGUAAAUCUCUGAAAAUUCUGUUUGAAAAGAUUUUAAAAAAAUUAUAAUAUGUUGUAGAAGAUGCAUUACAAUACAAUAUGAAAAAUUUAAAUGGCUGCAUAUUGUCAUUUAAAAACCUCAGACCCUAUUAUUUGAUUUUCUCAGUCUCUCCUUCUGUAGAUGUAAUGUACUCAUUGUAUUUUUCUCUGAAACGUAUUUGGCUUUGGAUAAAAGCAUCUGCUAAAUGAAUACAUGUAAUGUAAAUUGUUGAGUCUGUGGUGUUUGGACUUUUUACUCAUUACUGGGGAAUUUUCAACAUUUACAUUGAUUUAAUUUUUACUUGCUUUCCUCCAGAGCGACAUACAACUAAGUAAACAAAAGAGUAACAACAAGCAGAAACACAGUCAGUCACAUAGUACAGUCAGUGUCCAAAAGUGCAGUUUAACCGGCACACUUUACAUGUGUACGGCAUAUACAGUAUAAUUGAUACCGAUCAACCAAAAUGUUAAAACCACUGGCCUGAU